AUGGAGGUUCAUCAAUCGCUUCCAGCACAGUAUCUGCCAAGCUCAUUUAUUGUCAAAUCUGAACAACCUCCAUCAGCACCGUCCACACCCCCAAGUGACGACGCUUCUCAACAGAUUCCCCAAACAUUGUUGACUUCUCCUUCAGUUACGUCAAUGUCGUCUUGUUCAAGUGAUCAUCGGCUCUAUAGCCAUGACAAUAAUGCCGCUACAAUUGCAUCUCAAGCGUCUCCAGCUAUGCAGAACGGGAGAACACUAGCAGCUGACAGAAAGCGCCCAUACAACUGUAAUAUGUGCUCAUCAAGAUUUGGUUCCAAAAUGGAACUUGAAGAGCAUCAGAAUUCUCAUACUGGGCAAAAACCAUUUGAGUGUAAUAUGUGUAAAGCACGAUUCAAUCGACGAUCAACUUUGUGGAAUCACAAACGGAUACACUCAGAUGAUAAACCGUUUGAAUGCAAUGUUUGUCGGAUGACAUUUAAGUGGAAAAAUUCUUUGAAAUGUCAUAAGGAAAUGCAUCAACGAAAAAACGAAAUUACUGGAUUUGAAAAUGAUCCGAACGAGAAAACGUUGACAUAUGCAACUGCUGCAAAGAAACGAAUGAUGGAGAGUCACGAUGUCGGCGGGAUACCAUCAUCGAGUUCAAACAUUAUUCAUAACGGUGGCCCGCUGAUAACCACUUGUUCUACGAAGAAACGUACUACAAAAACGUUGGUGGCAAGCCGUUCUGUUCCCACAACAACAUCGGCUGCUAACGGCGUUUUUGGGAGUAAUGCGCUGUCAGCCGUGGAUGGACUACUGCAUCCACCAUUGCAAGCGGAUGGCUUUUUCAACAGUCCUAAAGCAUUACCGAUUAAGGAUUCUAAAGAGUUGGAUUCGCUUUUAAGCAGUACUUCACGUUUUUCUUCAAUAUUCAAAGAUGAUACCGCACUGAAACCAAAUUUAUGCGAUGAUCUGACUGGUUUUAAUGCUACGAAUAAUGUUUUCGACACAAAACAGGAAAUGAGUCAACCAUCAGUGUCAAACUUUGCACAGGCAAAUCUUUCGUCGUUGACUCCAAAUAGCAACUCUUGCGGCGAAUAUUUUCACAUGCAAAAUGGCCAGUCCGAUCAGAUGACACUUGGUCAUGUUCAGCAAAUCCUUCCAAUGCAGUCGCAGUACUCAGUGAGCUCACAAGCCGGAAUGCUUAUGAACCAUAACGUUAUCACAUAUCAGCCAAACAUGGAAACACCGUCACUGAUAACUCCAUCAGCUGCUGAUUACACAAUGACGCCAACAGGUCUAGAGUACGUGCUGGGUAACUACCAGCAAGCGUCGUCAUCCACUGAGCUUGAGCUGGAUAAUCAUGAUAACGAUCACAUACAAUAUGCAGCCCAGCAGCAACAACAGCAGCAGAACAACGACAACGACGAAAGCAACACUGGCAAAGUGGUACCACAGGUAUCUUGGUAA